GAAGGGAACGCGCUGUAACGUAACGGGGAGAGCGUUCCAGUAAAAGCUAUAACUGCCUGCGCAACCUUCCAACUGAACACCAGCCUGUGGGUUUUGCGUGCACGCUUCUUGUUAGUGCUUGUUCGGAGAUAUGAACUUUGAUGCUCGCAUUCACAUCAGUGCUUCUACCCGGAGUGUGCGCGUGCCAAAGGCAGUCGUUUACCCCAGGCAGUGCGUGACACCAAAAGCAACGUGAACUUGGUUGCAACAUCAUUGUACCGUUACAACAGGCUCGCUCCGCGGAUUAAAGCUCAUCUGGUUAAAGCUCUCAUUGCUGGAGAAGCCCUGGCUCAUUACAUCUGCACCACUGAGGAUAUAAUCACUGGAAAUGAAAGAGGGAAAAGGGUAACCACAUGCACUGUGUAGACAUGAGAGGACCAAGGAGUACGUGAAGAUGUCCCAGAAGGCAACUAAAGCAUGGUGCCUUAGGCUUCUCCCAAUCCUCCUCUUCUUCAUCUCCUUUGUCACAUACUACUGCUCCUAUGCCAUACUUCAGAGCUACGGAGGCACCAGCAAGUCUCCGAACAGUAGCAAGUCGCUGUGUGGUGGCUGGCUAACCCAGAAGAAGUGGGAGAGCCUUAACUUUAACAUUAGCAGACAUACGCAGCUCUUUCUGAAACUGGAGGACUUCUUCUGGCGGGAGCAUCUGUCAAAGCUGGCAUUACCUUAUGGCAUUAAGGGCAGUGAGCUUCUGCUACUGAAAGUUCUUGCUGUAAUUGCUAAUUAUCAGGUGCCAGCCAACAUCGAAAACCUUGAAUGCAGAACCUGCGUAGUCAUCGGCAAUGGCUUUGCCAUUAAAAACACCUCCUUGGGAAGCAUCAUCAACAAAUAUGACGUGGUCAUUCGGUUGAAUGAUGCCCCAGUGAGGGGCUAUGAGGAGGAUGUAGGAAACAAGACCACCAUGAGGUUAUUCUACCCCGAGUCGGCCUCUUACAACCCUGGACUGCACAACGAGCCUGGCACGCUUAUGGUCCUGGUGCCUUUCAAGCAGCAAGAUCUCCGCUGGCUCAAAGAGAUCCUCUAUAAUGAGAAGAGGGUCAGGAAAGGGUUUUGGAAGCCCCCUCCCCAAAUCUGGUUGGGUGACAUGAAUAAAAUCAGAGUGCUGGACCCCCACUUUCUGCACCAGACUGCAGACAGACUGCUCCGGAUCCCUCUGCACCCCAACAGCAAACAGCCAGUGCAUCCUACCACGGGUAUCCUCGCUGUGUUUGUUGCUCUCAACUACUGUGAUGUGGUCCACAUUGCUGGCUUUGGAUACCCCAAGACAAACAGCCAAAGGGUGCCUAUCCAUUACUACGGAUAUGACACCAUGAAGUCCAUGAAGAAUUCUUAUCAUGACCUCAAUCAUGAAGCGGAAGCCUUAAAAAGACUGGAGGAUUCUGGAGCUAUUUUGUACCUUCACCCGCAUUUAUGAUUCACACACUUGUUUUGGGUCAUCCCAACCAAAUUAGAUCUUAAUGUGCCUUCUGCAGUGGGAUGCGCGAGUGGUGCAUUGAGUCACCACGUGGUGACAUGAGAGUCACAGGUCUGGCUCUGAAGAAUGUUUAUCUCCCUGGCGCCUUACAUUCUGUCAAAUUGAAAGACAUGAAAAGAUGAUUAAACUGCUUUUUAAAUAGCUUUUCUUUCAAUUUCUUAACAACCUUUGUUAACAUGACUCAGCAUUUUGCAUAGCAUUUAAACUUUUCUAAUUUUUAUGGGUUUUGAAUCACGACUUUCAAAGUGAGUUUGCGCGACACUAUUCAUGUGACAACCCAGUUGUCUUGUUUGUGAUGGGCAAAGUUACGUCAGAUUAAGUCAGCGUUUUUGAUAAUUCAAUGCCUUGAUGUUGUUUUUCAUGCCAUGUGAUAGUGUGGGCUUCAAAUGUUGGUUUUGUUGAGAUUAAUGCAUAUCAUUGAGCUGCAAAAGUAAUCAAACUACAUUAUUUCUCACUCAAACUGGUUUGAAAUUCAUCUUCAGUUGUAUCAAGUCAGAAUCUGUUUUACGGUAAAGAGGUGUGUUAGAAUCUAUGUUUUUUUGUGAACUUCACUGUCAAUGUACAUUUUACAAUAAAUGAAAAAUGAAUUAAUCACAAACCUAAACCUAAUUUGCACAGGAUUAGAUUCUUUACUUUUAAUUUCUUGGACUGGAAAUACGACUUGUAUUUUGCCCAUUUGUCAGAGUUUUGGUUACAGUUGUUUUGGAUUUUUAAUUUAUUCAAUCUUCUUUUUUUUUCUGAAACAACACCAGUAAAUGGUACCACUGGAUAUUUUGUAAUGUACAGAGUGAAAUAAAUUUUUAAUUAUAAGGAAA